CUUUUUUAUUUCCUAAAUAAUACUCCCUCCAUCCCAAAAAGAUUGGUACAUAUUGACUUUUUGGAAAAUUAAAGGAGGGAUAUUUUGGUGUUGACUUUCCAAAAAUACCCUUGAUGUGAUGGGUAAAAGUAGAAUGUGAUGGAUAGAUUAUUAGGAAAAAAGUAUGAAGUGAUAGGUAGGUUUAAUUAAUAAUUAAUCCCAUCAUCUUCCUCACCAUGUCAUCCUCACUUGAUGAGUCUGCCAUUAUCAGAGCUUGCAAAGCUCUGCUACUCUUAAGCCCACUGCUUUUCUUGACUGUCAUUUUGAUGCUUCCAAGCUCUGAGAUUCACUACUAUCCAUUGUCACAAAAGCUUGUUGUUGGUGGUGGUGGUGAUGAUCAUUCUGGUCCCACCGAUCUGAGCCACCUGGUGUUCGGUGUUCUCGGCUCCGAGAAAGCGUGGCACCACAGGAAGGCGUACGUCGAGUCGUGGUGGCGACCCAACGCGACGGUUGGUUUGUUGUUGUUGGAUAAAGAGCCAACCGGAGACUUGCUCCCGUGGUCUCCUUUUUCCCCACCCUAUAGAGUAUCGGACGACGUAAACCGGAUAAUGAGAGAGACGAAGCACAGGAACAAGAGGGUGGCACGGAUGGUGCACGGGAUAAUGGAGGUUGUGAGGGACGCGCCGCAGCCGCAGCAGGAGGUGCGGUGGGUGGUGAUGGCGGACGAGGACACGGUGCUCCUGGUGGACAACCUGGUGGCUCUUCUGGCCGGGCUGGACCACAGAAAGCUGUACUAUCUGGGUGGCCACUCAGAGUUCAUCCUGUCCAACUAUUGGUUCUCAUUCCAACAGGCCUUUGGAGGGGGUGGCAUAGUGCUCAGCUAUCCCUUGGCAAGGGCACUGUCCCAUGGAAUAAUGGGUUGCCUCAAGAGAUACCAAAAUCUCAACAGUGCUGACAAAACUUGUUCCUAUUGCAUUGCAGAUCUUGGUGUCAGUUUGUCUCCACAACAUGGCUUUCACCAGAUUGAUAUGAGAGGAGACAUAUCAGGAUUUUUAUCACAUCAUCCAAACACACCCUUAAUAUCCCUCCACCAUUUUGACUAUGUCAACCCAAUCUUCCCAUCCAUGGAUAGAGCCCAAUCCGUUGGUCAUCUGAUGAACGCUGCAAAUCUGGAUCAAACUCGGAUCCUCCAACAGAUCAUCUGCUUCCACAGGCAAAGCAAUUGGUCGUUCUCAAUUUCAUGGGGAUACUCUGCCAACAUAUACGAGAAGAUAAUGCCUCGGAGCUACCUGCAGAACCCAAUCCAGAGCUUCAAGCCAUGGCUGAAAAGCCCCGGGCCGCCGCACUGGAUAUUCGACGUCCGGCGGCUCCGGGCGGCGGCCGCCUCCGACCCCUGUCUUGUUCCUCAUGCAUUCUUCCUUGAGUCCACCGAGAAGGUGGCGGUUACCCACGCACAUUACGAGAUACUCGGGACGUAUCGCCGGUCAUGGCGGCGUGGACUGCCGGCAUGCUCCGCCGCCGGUAUCAGUUCAUCAGCUGACCGGAUUUCAAAGAUUCUGGUGUACUCACCGGCAACGGAGCCAAAACAGCGCCAACACCCAAAGGACAACGAGUCGCUGGGUAUGGACUUCUAGAUGAGCUAUCGUGUUAAACGGGCCACAAGUCGUUGGGUACAUACUCCAUACGGAACAUUGGCUACCUGCUCCGAUACCAUGAUAGAAUUUAGGAUAAGGUAUAGACAACUGUAUUAGACAAUAAGACACUUAGGUUGGACCACAUUAAAAGAUUGAAUCCAAU